CACGGAGAAGACCCUCGCUGGCGAGGGUGUCCGAGGGAAGGAGCGGGGAAGCUGGUUCCGGGCUGAGGAGGUGGAGGGGUCCGCCCGGCUCCGCAGGAGGGAGGAUAGUCGGGUUUGGGGAGGAAGGCUCCGGUCGGGACCGAAUGGGAGAGGGGAGGCCCUGAAAGUGCGGCUGGAAGAGGACGAUGCCGAGUAUGGACCUUCUGAUGUUGAAGGCCUUUGAGCCCUACUUCGAGAUUUUGGAAGUGUAUUCCACAAAGGCCAAGAAUUACGUAAAUGGGCAUUGCACCAAAUAUGAGCCCUGGCAGCUAAUUGCAUGGAGCAUCCUGUGGACCCUGCUGGUAGUCUGGGUGUACGACUUUGUCUUCCAGCCGGAGAGUUUAUGGUCGAGGUUCAAAAAGAGAUGCUUUAAGCUCAUCAGGAAGAUGCCUAUUGUUGGUCGAAAGAUCCAAGAUGAGAUGAACAAGGUCAAGGAUGAUAUCAGCAAGAGCCUGUCAUUUCUGCAAGUGGAUAAAGAAUAUGUGAAAGUUCUGCCCUCUCAAGGCCUGAGCUCGGCUGAAGUUCUGGAGAAGCUCAAGGAGUACAGCCGCCUGGACGUCUCAUGGCAGGAGGGGAGAGCCUCCGGGGCGGUGUACAGCGGGGAGGAGCAGCUCACCGAGCUCCUGGUGAAGGCUUAUGGAGACUUUGCAUGGAGUAACCCACUGCAUCCAGAUAUCUUCCCAGGACUACGGAAGAUAGAGGCCGAGAUCGUGAGGAUAGCUUGUUCUCUGUUCAAUGGGGGCCCAGAUUCCUGUGGAUGUGUGACCUCUGGCGGGACAGAAAGCAUACUGAUGGCCUGCAAAGCUUAUCGGGACCUGGCUGUGGAGAACGGGAUCAGAAGUCCAGAGAUUGUGGCCCCCCAAAGUGCCCAUGCCGCGUUUGACAAAGCAGCCCACUACUUUGGGAUGAAGAUUAUACGGGUUCCACUGAACAAAAUGAUGGAGGUGGACGUUCGGGCAAUGAGGAGAGCCAUCUCCAGGAACACUGCCAUGCUCGUCUGUUCCACCCCACAGUUCCCUCAUGGUGUGAUAGACCCUGUCCCUGAGGUGGCCAAGCUGGCUGUCAAAUACAAAAUACCUCUCCACGUGGACGCGUGUCUGGGGGGCUUCCUCAUCGUCUUUAUGGAGAAAGCAGGAUACCCGCUGGAGCAGCCGUUUGAUUUCCGGGUGAAAGGUGUCACCAGCAUUUCAGCGGAUACCCAUAAGUAUGGCUACGCCCCCAAAGGCUCUUCGGUCGUGUUGUACAGUGAGAAGAAGUACAGGAGCUACCAGUUCUUCAUAGAUCCAGAUUGGCAGGGUGGCAUCUACGCUUCCCCAAACAUGGCGGGCUCACGGCCUGGUGGCAUUAGUGCAGCCUGCUGGGCCACCUUGAUGCACUUCGGUGAGAGCGGCUAUGUUGAAGCUACCAAACAGAUCAUCAAAACUACUCGCUUCCUCAAGUCAGAACUGGAAAAGAUCAAAGGCAUCUUUGUUUUUGGGAAUCCUCAAGUGUCAGUCAUUGCUCUGGGCUCCCGUGAUUUUGACAUCUACCGACUGUUCAAUCUGAUGACUGCAAAGGGGUGGAACUUGAACCAGCUGCAGUUCCCAUCCAGCAUUCACUUCUGCGUCACGCUAGUGCACACCCGGAAGCGCGUGGCCAUACAGUUCCUGAAGGACGUCCGCGAGUCUGUCACCCAGAUCAUGAAGAACCCUAAAGCAAAGACCACGGGAAUGGGUGCGAUCUACGGCAUGGCCCAGACCGCCGUCGACAGGAACCAGGUGGCGGAACUGUCCUCGGUCUUCCUGGACAGCCUCUUCAGCACAGACACCGUACCUCAGGGCAGCCAGAUGAACGGUUCUCCGAAGCCCCGCUGAGCGGGGAGGGGCUCUGGCCUCCAGAGGCUCCCGGGAGGGUGCGGAGCCGGCCACGUGCAGGUUCAGCAUCUGGUCUCGCCCGCAGAGCGCGGCGAGACCGACAAGGGACAGCUCGGUGCUCGGGACCGCGUUCCUCCUCCGCACAGCCUGCUGUGGUUUUUAAUGUGAAGGCCCUGCAGGGUUCUGUUUCAUAAUUAUUUUGCCAUUGUUUUAAAUGUUAUACUAGGAAUUGUUUUAACCAUUUCCUUUCCUAACCUCUCUAGCUUUCCGCCUCACUUAAUCGUGUGUGGCAGCUCUGACCUGUCCUGAUCUGAUUUCCUACGCGAGCGUUGGUACAGUGUGUGAGACAGAGAAAGGCUCCUCCGUGAUCUCAGGCAGACGGGCUGGUCAGCUCGGGAGCACUCACGGAACCGAAGUCCCCCGGGUGGCUAGGUGCACUCUAGGCAGGAGGCACCUUCAGCCUUGUGCUCUGAGUGGAUUCGUCAUCUGUCUGAGAAGCACGGGUACUGCAGCUUGUCCUGUGUCUCCAGGACGCAGACUGACCAGUCCGUUGCUCACGUUCUGCGGGGUCAGCACGGCCAGCCUGCCGGGGCAGGUGCAGAGUGGUACGUUACCCUCUUCGGGGGGCAGUCCCCGUUUGAUUCUUGGUUUGCACCAUCUUUGGGGACUCCUAUUUGAAAUGAUGCACCCUCUGGUUUGUUCUCGAACUAGGAAGGGAAUGUCAUUCCCAGAGAAUCCAGGACUUUCUGGCCUAGUGCUGCCUCUCUGCACUGGCAGUUUUCAGAGCACAGCCCAGCCCUCACCUGGGCUAGAAGUGACCAGAAACCAGACCCUUUCCUAUACUUUACUGAAAGUCAGGGUGGGAUGAGCACUCAUAUUCAGAAACGUGUCACCCAAGUUGGUGGCCCUCCCCCUUGCCUCCACUGCUUUAAGCCAUCAUGAAUGAGAGCAUGUUUGCCAGAAGGGACAGACAGCUCAAAGCACUCACAAGUUGCCUUGAUUUACCCUAGGUGGUGCAAGGAGGGCCUGAGCGAGCCCCCAAGGCAAGGAAAAAUUCCUGUCCCUGUUAGUGUGCUCCCUAGCCUCUCUCCCCUGUAUUCGGCUCCCCAAGGUACGAUGGCAAUUGAGCCUCAGGUACUGGGCACUCUUGGCCCUGGCUCGGCUGAGAUAAACAUUUUGGCAUAGGAAGACACGAUGGUGUCAGUUGGAGCCUAGGACCUGGGAUUUCUUCUUAAGACUAGUUGCUCAGGGUGGUGCAGGGACAGGACCAAGCCCUGCACCCACUUCCUGCCGCCUCCUGCCCCUCGUGGGGCCUGGAUCUGGGCUGCGCCACUGUCCCACCCUCAUGACGACAUACUGUAUGUGUGCCUUUUCCCUCGGCAGGGGGCAGUGGUGGGCUAUUCCUCACCCAGGCCCUGGGGGCGUGGGGGGCGGGGGUGGCCUUGGAGGCUUUCCUUUGGGUAGGGGAUUACUGGGGAUGAGUCAGGAGACAGUCCUCGAUUCCAUUUCCCUUCUCAGGGACCCCUGAAUAUUCAGCUUCUUCAGGCUGGCAUCCUCCCACCUCUUCCCUGGGUGUGCUGGCCAGCAGAGCCUAGAUGACAGUUUCCCCAAGCUCCUUACCACGUGUAUCUGAAAUGUUCUUUAGCACUGUACUUCCCGCAUAAAACUGUGACUGGCCAUGUCAUUGCAGGCUGGUGUGUGUGUGUGUGUUUCCUGUUUCCGCCGUUGUGGGUUCAAAGGGUGGUUGGUGUCUGUGUGUGUCAGAGGGAGAGGCUGAGGCCCUUCGGACAUGGAAGCAAUGUUCCCUCCAGUUACUGAAGCGGCGGCACCUCCUGAGAGGGCUGUGCACGAAUCGUCUCUUGGUUUCCAGUGCAUUCCUUAACGCUGGGGGAAGUCCCGGGACCCAGAACCACCCAGCAGGCACCGCUGUGGUUUGUCAGCUGCGCAAACAGAGAAGCCUGUGCCCCAGAGUGUUCUGUUGCUCCCAGCAUCUCCCCAGGCCCUGCCCCUGUGCUUCGACAGCUUUGCUGGGGAGGGGGUAGAGCUGUUUUUCAAAGGGACCUACUGUCGCCACUUUAAUUUAUGUUUACGAGCCUUAUUUGACUAAACAUUUGUGGGCUUUCCAUUCUGUGUAUCUGUGUGUAGUAACGCCAAGUCUGCUAGAGGUGGGUGGAGUGUCUUAACUCUGCAUUAGAAGUCAGUAGUUGUGUGAGUAUACUGCCAUGUCACUUUUAAUAUUGCCCGUUUUAUACUUGGAAAAUGGUACUUGCCUCCUUGAAUUUUCUGUCUUUAACCUUCCCCUUCCCAUCUCAACGCUCCCUUUGUAAUUGCAGCAAUAGUCUCUUAAAAAGCAAUUGGAUCAUUAAACGUCCCAAACCUUCA